CAGGUGUCAGUGUGGCUGUAGGACUCUUCCGUUUUGCGCACGCCGUGGACCGUCACACACGCAGUCGGACUUUGGGUGAAAUGUUCUGGUAGUUUUCAGACUUUAUCAGAGAUGGAGCCUCCGGACUUUGAAGCCAUGAACUUCACGGUGGAACCUGCGCCGGCCUCGUACCCACUGUGCGCGGAGUGGAGGGAGGGCGCAGAGGGGUCCGUGUUCCACCUGGCCAACAUCUUCCUCUUCCUCGGCUUCAUGGGCGGUAGUGGUUUCUACGGACUCCUCUACCUGUUCACAUUCCUCACCUUGGGUUUCUUCUGCUACACCUUCCACGCGUGGUCGGAUUCGUGCACCACGGACGCGUUCCUGUGGAAUUUUGCGCUCUUCGGUGCGUGUCUGGGCCAGCUCCUGCACGUCGCCUACAGACUGAGGAGCGUCUCCUUCGACCAGGACUUUGAGGAGCUGUACAACUGCAUGUUCAAGAAGCUCGGAGUGUCUCUGUCACAUUAUGGGAAGAUCGUGGCGUGUUGUGAGAGGGACAUCCACACCAUAGAACAGGACCACUGCUUCGCCGUGGAAGGAAAAACCCCCAUCGACAAGCUGUCAGUGCUGCUGUCCGGCAGAAUCCGUGUGACAGUCAACGGGGAGUUUCUGCACUACAUCUACCCAUUUCAGUUCCUGGAUUCACCAGAAUGGGAUUCCCUUAGACCAUCGGAGGAGGGCGUGUUCCAGGUAACUCUCCGGGCUGAUAACCAGUGCAGAUACGUAGCGUGGAGGAGGAAGAAACUCUAUCUACUUUUUGCCAAGCACCGCUACAUAGCCAAGAUCUUUGCUCUAGUUGUGCGCAGUGACAUUGCAGACAAGCUGUACUCUCUUAAUGACAAGGCCUUCGACAGCGCCGGGCACCGCUACGAUCUCCGCUUACCGAGUUACUGUCACAUGCCCGGGACAGAAUUAGAAAAGUCAGAUGGCUUCCUGCAAGUGCCGGUGCAGGGAAGGACUGCCUGAACAGAAACACAGCGAGUCUACAGGCUCCACUUUUAGUAGGAACGCAGUAGGUGUAUGGAUGAGUAGAGCUGUUCAUGCAUUAGUAUUAUUAUCAGAUCUGAAUAUGCAGAAGAAAGUCAAAAGAAGCAAAGUGACAUAUUCUUUUUCACUUGUAACAAAAUCUAACAAUACUGUCUCUACUUCCACUGUAAAAAGUAGCAGAAUUUUUGACAUCCUGCUUUGUUUACGUCUAUCUUUACCUGUUGGUGUGCGACUGCUGUUAACACGGAUCCUUAAAAUAGCAUGAGGUAUCAGUUACCCACAUGCACAACACUACAAAAAUCCAACUCUAACCAAGUGUAUUUUUCUUAUUUCUAGUCAAAAUAAAAUAAAAUCUUAUUUCAUGAAAUCUUACCAAGAUAAUUUUCACUUGUUCCGUUGAAGGAGAAGAAGAAUCUUUAUUUUGUCAGUAGGUUCACACACAUACACCACACUGAAAUUUGUCCGCUGCCUUUAAAUCAAAUCAAAUCUUAUUUAUAUAGCGCCACAUCACAACAACAGUUAUCU